AUCACUCUUUCUCUCUCUUUGUAUCCGAAGCUGUUAAACUUCUACGUUGGCUACAUUUGUCAAUCUAUUUGCAUAUAUAUUAUGAGUUUUUGUAGAUGAAUUACGCAAAGCCCAUCCCUUGUUUCAAGCUUCUUUUGUGGGCUUUCUCCGUGGCAUCGGAUCCGGGAUCCUCUUGCUUCCUUUUCAAGGGUCUGCUUAUUGGGAUUAUUAACCGGAGGUUUGAUAUAUUAAGGAGGUUCUGGCUAAUAAGCCUAAUAGAAAAGGAAAAGAGAAAUAUCGUUGCUUUUUUAUUGCAUGAUGAACACAGGCGUAUAUACUAACUUUAUGCAUCUGUGGGAGGCAAUUUUUGUAAUGGGAUGAUUCUUGGUAUUUCCAAAGGUUGGUGCUUUGAUCAUUGGGAGAAGCUAAUCAAAUAAAACAGAUUGAGAUUGUGGUGGUUUGUUGUGAUGGAUUGGAUGGCUCCUAGGGAUAAAGAUUUAGAACUUCACCUUGAAAAUGGAGUAACUGUUAGUGAAGAAGAAGAUUAUAGCAGAAGCCAUGUUUUAGGCCUUAAAAAGAAGGCACUAUUGCUGCUUGCUAAGGUUAAAGGCAGUUUUUCUGAGGGAUCAGAUGAUAGAGUAUCUUUGUCUGGUGAUGAUUCAAAUUCUGGUUGGCUUUAUGUGGAGAAUGUGCAGGCAGAGACAAGCUUGAAUAUUGAGGGAGAGGACUGUAAAGAUGCUAAGGAGAAUAAAUUAGUGAAGGAGAAACGUAAAAGUUUGAGUAAUAAAAAACCUCCUAAACCUCCCAGACCUCCAAGAGCUCCAUCAUUAGAUGCCGCUGACCAGAAGUUAAUCAGGGAGUUAGCAGAACUUGCCAGAUUAAAGCGCGCAAGAAUUGAGCGGAUGAAAGCCUUGAAGAAGAUGAAGGCUGCUAAGGGAACAUCUUCUAACAGUAACAUGUUUGCCAUGGUGUUUACAGUUAUUUUUUGUCUUGUCAUAAUCUUUCAAGGAAUGCCAUCCAGAGGCACACCGACAAGUAUCCAAGGAUCUCCAGUGCCAGCAGGAGCAGUGGAGGGAGGUCUAAUUUCAGUUCAGUUCUCUGGGAAUCCAUCUGCAAGCAUUCGAAAUCGACCUGAUUCUAGAUCUCCCUAUUUAGUGGCGCAGGUUGCAGGUUUAGAUGCUAAGGAAAAGCCUGCACAACAACUUACCUGGUCAGAUUGUGUUGUGACUUGUGGGAUUAUGUUAAUGUUUCUUUAUCCUUUAUCCUUUAGGGUCUCGGAUGAUGCAAUUGCUUAUCCUUUCUUGUUUACCAAAUAUAAUCUUAGAGCAAGUCUGGUGAAUGUUUCAACCAUGAAGAGUGCCUGCUGUUUGCGACCAAUGCAGAUGUUUUUCUGA